GGCGCCGGGGCGGAAGAAGGUGCGGAGGUAAUUCUCUGGCUCGCUUCGCCUCUACUCUCCUUUCCCGACUGACGUUGGACAACAAAGAUGGCUGCAGGAACGAGCAAUUAUUGGGAAGAUCUCAGGAAACAAGCUCGACAGCUGGAAAAUGAACUUGACCUGAAACUAGUUUCCUUCAGUAAACUAUGUACAAGUUACAGUCACAGCAGUGCCCGAGAUGGAAGACGCGACAGGUAUAGCUCUGACACAACACCCCUUUUAAAUGGAUCAAGCCAAGACAGAAUGUUUGAAACAAUGGCAAUUGAGAUUGAACAGCUUUUGGCAAGGCUUACAGGAGUAAAUGAUAAAAUGGCAGAAUAUACCAACAGUGCAGGUGUCCCGUCUUUGAAUGCAGCACUGAUGCAUACAUUACAGAGACAUAGAGAUAUAUUGCAGGAUUAUACACAUGAAUUCCAUAAAACCAAAGCAAAUUUUGUGGCGAUACGGGAAAGGGAGAAUCUCAUGGGAUCAGUACGAAAGGAUAUUGAGUCAUAUAAAAGUGGGUCUGGAGUAAACAACAGAAGAACUGAACUAUUUUUGAAAGAACAUGACCACCUCCGAAACUCCGAUCGUCUGAUAGAAGAGACAAUAAGCAUUGCUAUGGCAACAAAAGAAAAUAUGACUUCCCAGAGAGGAAUGUUGAAGUCGAUUCAGAGCAAAAUGAAUACUUUGGCCAAUCGUUUUCCUGCUGUGAACAGCCUGAUCCAGCGGAUCAAUCUUAGGAAGCGGCGAGACUCCCUCAUCCUGGGCGGUGUUAUUGGUGUCUGUACCAUCCUGUUGCUGCUGUAUGCUUUCCAUUGAUGGAAUGUCUCCGGGGACUCUUGACAGCCACCACUUUCACACCCUGAUCUGGGAUAAGGAAAAGUAGGAAGGAGAAGUUGAUUGUCCUGAUGAUUAGCCUGACCAGCAGGAUUAAUUCAUGACUGAUAGCUCUGGACUCUGUCACGUGGUCAGGUUGAGCUGAAGCCACAGUUUUUCUGUGCUCUCUUUUCUAACACACAUUUCCUUCUGUUUUUAGUUUAAAAAAAAAAAGUUUUCAGUUGCUUUUGUCCUCCCAGGAGGUAAGUAAACCAAUCAGAAACAGAGUUUCUGUGCUUCAGUAAUAGUGGUGAAGGCUUAUGACAAGCCAGGUCUUAUAGCUGGACUCCUCAGAAAACCAGGUUUCUCUGUAUCCAAAGACUGCUUUCCUUUUAGCCCCCAGGUUGGGUUGUGAAUAAAAAUAGUUCUUGUCCUUUUAUUUUACACUCACGAUGAGAAAUCACAAGUCAUUUCUUGAUAAGCUGUGCUAUACAUUUCUACUCUGCGUCCCUGUUUUGGUAUUCAAGGAAAAUUACAUUUUUCACAGAUUCUUUGAGAUGCCAGCAGGUCAACUUCAACACAGUUGAGGUUGUCUGAAACAGAAGACAAACACUGCAAAAAAGCUUUUUUUUUCUUUUUGUAAAUUGUAUGCACACUAGGGUUGACUGUAUUACUGGAAAAGCAUCAAGAAUAACAGGCUUUUUUUUUUUGUCAUUGUUUUGAUUUUUUGUUUACUUCUUCCAUUGGAUUAAUAUUUCCUACUACAAGUAAAUGGAAUUUCGGUUCUACCAUUAUAAAAGUAACUAAUAGCCAGUGUCUGUCAUUGCCCCCACCAGUUCCUCAUCAUGUCAGGAUUAACCCUGAGUGAGAGGACUGCUCAGUUUUCAGUGAGAUCUGUUCAACAAGCCACAUGUAAAAAGACAUUGAUUUGCGGGGUCACCAUCCAGAUAACUCCAUUUAUAAAUGCUCCAUGAUCUAGGAGCAAAAGUUUGAGAACUACUGCCUGAUGUAUUAGGAAUUCUGAGUUUUAUGAAAACCUAUUUACUCCAAAUCUGUUUUCUCCAAACAUCCAGAGAAUGGUUUUACUGUUGAAGGUGCUUGUGACAGAAUCGCCCUCUGCACCUGUCUUCUAUCAUCUGGACAGUGACAAAAUUUUAAACCACCCACCAGAAUUCCUUUCAGGUUUAACCAUUUCUCCGUUUCUGUAAAUGUAUGACUUGUCUAACUGAACUACCACAAAUAGCUUGAAGACUUCAACAUCUACACUCCUCACCAAGAAAGAAGGUUGCUCUUCACCAUUGGAAUUGACUCUGGUACUUACGGUAUUGGCUUCCUACUGUGGCACAGGGAAUAAAAGGCUAUUAGCAUAUGGUUCUUAACUGCAUUACAGUGUGUGGGUGAUGACAUUCAGAUGAACUUAAUACACAGGCUGAUGGCUAUGCUAACCCCUGGUCUGGUACAGAAACAGAGGUUUUUCCUUCUGGUGUCAAAGUUUUAUUAUGUCCUGUGUAUGAAAGGCAUUUGAUACGUUUUUUUUUUUUUUUUCAACUAUGGGGUUUAUUUUUCUAAAUAUGGGUUGAUUGAUCAGUUACUUGAUUGGGGAUGCCCUUAAAAGAAAGUAAGUUUUCCCAACGUGACCCUUAAAGGAUCAGAGAAGUUCAUUUGUUAAAUUCUCUGUUGGGAGAACAGAACUUCUCUCCCCUGACACUUUAUUAUUAUCUUUGAUUUUUCAAAGGGCCUUGAUUGGUGGUUGUGCCUCAGCUAGAAUUUAUGGGACUUUCGUUGCUAUAUGGUUGGCAUUUAUAAAAUCUGAAGUAUCAUAAAUAAAGUUAUUUAUUUAAUUAUA